ACCUGGAAGAGUUCUUUGUAGAACAAGAAGGCCGAUACUUAACUUCUGGAAGCUCGGGUGUGGGGUAUCAAUGGCUUACUCUGUAAACCAUAUAUCAUAAUGUUCUCGAAAUGGACCAGUACAGCCUCAUCUGCGGGGCUUCCAAGCAAUGAAAAGGAUGGUAGUUCCGCUGAAAACCUCCUUCUCUCUUCAUCUCUAGAAGAAAAUCGGGAUGCUGAAGAAUGGACAAGAGCAUCACCUCCAUCGCGCAGGAGCCAUUGGCUAUGGACGAUCCUCAAUAUUCUUCUCUUCCUCUUCUCGCUCUCUGUUCUCUUACAUCAAGCCUAUCAGAAGCAUGCAGAAGCGCGGGUCAAAAAUGGACUUCUUAAGAAAACCUCUUUUUUCUCUCCCAUUCUCGACCGGGUGGAAAUUCCAACAUACGUCAAGCAGACAGACGGCAGUCUUUUCGAGUCCGAGCAUCCCUCUCCCUACCGCAACGGUCGAAAACCCGACCCCAAAGUGAACGAUGCAUGGGAAGCAUUCGACAACAUCCGCACCUUUCCCAUCAGCGCCGACGACGUGCGAAGACUCGGCAAGGACCCCUCCCUCGCCGUCAAAUUCCCCGAAGAAUACGGUCUCGGUCCCGACGCAUACGUCGCGCAGCUAGACAUCUUCCACCAGAUCCACUGUCUGAACCUCCUGCGCCAUCUCGCAUGGGCCGAGUACGACCGCGACGAGCAACACGGCAAGAAACCCUACUCGGAACUGCAUUGGGUGCACGUCUCGCACUGCACCGACAUGCUGAUGCAGAAUAUCAUGUGCGCGGGCAACACGGACGUGCUGACCUUCAAUUGGAUGGAGACGCAGAAGUGGCCCUUCCCGGACUUCUUCGUCAAUCAUCAGUGUCGGGACUUCGACACCAUCGUGAGAUGGCAGGAGGAGAACGCUCUCCCUUUGAUGAUGGGCCGGAAUCUGACGAGGCCGCCUGAUGCGAAGGAAAUCCCGGCUCCAGAUGCGUACUAUGAAUUGUUCGGGAAGGAAAAGAAUGUCUCGAUCCACCAUAUGAUAUGAUUUCUCCGGACUCUGGGGACUCGGGCUACAGUACAGUACCAGCCCAUAAUGUUUAUAUUCCUCUUUCGAGAGAAGAACCCCGAAAGGUGAUUAAUUCCUUCUGACUUCUGGGUCGACGUGGAGAGCCUUUUCAACCAUACUCGACAAGGCUGAUAGGAAAGGGCGAUAGAUAACUCGAUAACUCAAAGUCGGAACCAAAUGAAGAUAUGCGUCUGCAGUGAUAGAAUAACAAUGAAUCAAAAUAGUUCAAAUGG